AUGAUAAAACCGUUUGAUGUCUUAUGGGAUGGCAAUUUUUAUCGUCAUUUUGAUAAACAACAUCGUUAUCAUCAACAACAACAUUGUCAUCAACAUCAUCAUCGUCGUCGUUGUCUUCAUCAUUUUCAGGAUUGUAUCUAUCCGUGUCAGUGCAGUCCCGAACUGCCGACUUGUCAGACAGGAGUGCAGUUGAUACAGGAUGGAUGUGGAUGCUGUCAGAUAUGUGCCAGGCAGCAAGGAGACUUGUGUAGCAAAGCAGAUGGCUGCGACAAAUCAAAAGGAUUGUACUGUAAUUACACGCAGGACAAUGGCAUCAGAGGCAUAUGCAGAGCAAAAGCAGGUCGAAGUUGUAAUGUGAAUGGCAAGAUAAUUACAGACGGACAGCAAUACAAUCCAAGCUGCAGCCUCACAUGUUUCUGCCAGGAUGGAAGGUACGCAUGUUCGACGAUGUGCCCCCAAGAACUGCACCCCCCUUCAAAUGACCACUGUAGGGACGCCCAGCUGGUCUCCAUCAAGGAUAGGUGCUGCAAGGAAUGGGUCUGUCCUCACCCACACAAUCUCGUCAAUCUAGAUGAUGCUCUGCCCGGACACUAUUCGAACGGGAAAUCAUGCAAACACGAGGAAACUGAGUGGAGUGCCUGUUCGACGACGUGUGGCUACGGUGAAUCCGUGAGGAUGUCCAACAAUAAUGAACUCUGCCAGGCGACACAAGAGAGAAGGAUGUGCAACGUCAGACCGUGCGAGAUGAUGGUCUCAGAGUACAACAAAAACAACCCAACAUCCAACGCCACGAACGAUUCCAAAUGUAAAUCGACACUAGAAAGUCCAAUUUCUGAAAAACUCCGCCACGCUAACUGUGAAAGUGUGGAUGAAUAUCGUCUGAAGUUCUGCGGGAGGUGUCGAAAGUGUUGCGGUCCGGAGAAAUCGAGAACCGUCGAUAUAAAGUACAUCUGUCCCGACGGCUCCACCAAGACCGAACCGUUCAUGAUGAUUGAAAAAUGCGUGUGCCACAAUAAACCUAACUGCUCUUUUUAA